CCCUCGCCCACAAUGUGACGUUUGUGUGCCGCUUUUGACAUAUCAGUUUUGAUUCUCAAAACACUUUCAUAGGAAAGCGAUCUAGUUGCAGGAAGUUAUCGAAAUGUAUUGAAGCGUAGUGGAGUUUUUCACUUUCAGUGGCCAGAUCGUGUAUUGUUUUAUUCAGCUCCAUCUAAUUGAAUUCAAUCGUAGAAAUAAUACGAAACAAAACCAUACCAAACGGAUAGGUUCGCGUUAUUGGAAAAACUGAAGAUUACACGUUCCCAGAAUCGGUCGGUCCUUUGGUGACUAGUUUUUCCAAGAAGCAAAACGAUUGUGUAUUUACUGUGUAAUUGUUUCUGAAAUCGUCUUGUCGGGAUUUACCGGACCCUAGUUUGCUAUCGCGUCAAUAAAAGUGGCUCGUUCGAAUGUAAAUUACCAGCCUACCAGUUCAAGAUACGGUAAUUGCAAGAAACCUGUACAAAACUUGCAUCGGUAGUAAUGGAAAAUAAUCGCACCAGGACGGGUGGCACCAGCCAUCGGAUGAAUCCAAAUGAUUUUUACUUCGGAAAAAUGUUGGGAGAAGGAAGCUUCAGCUGUGUUUACCUGGCCAAAGAAGUGAGAACAUCCAAGAAAUAUGCAAUAAAAGUGUGCGAAAAACGAUUAAUAUUGCGGGAACGGAAGCAAGAGUACGUGAAGCGGGAAAGGGAAGUGCUUAAUCGGCUUACCGGGCGGCCCGGAUUCCUUGGCCUGUACUGCACAUUUCAGGACAGCACCAAGCUGUACUUCGUCAUGACUUACGCCUGCAACGGCACACUGCUUUCACUGCUUUCACGGCCCUCGUUUACGGUAGACUGCGCGCGGUUUUAUUCCGCGGAAAUUUUGCUCGCACUGGAAACGAUGCACAACAUGGGCAUCCUGCAUCGGGACAUUAAGCCGGAAAACAUCCUGCUCGACGAACGAAUGCAUGUGCUAAUGGCCGACUUCGGGUCAUCCAAGUUGGACUACAAAGAGGAGGACGAGAAGGGCGAUGAGCAGCAGGAUGAAGGUGUGGCGGGAUUGAAAGAAGAUCCUCCAUCGCCUACCAUGUCCACCGCCCGCAAGCUUGCCCAACGUGUGCUCGGCACGGAGUACCAGGACGAGGACGACGAUACGGACGAUACCGAGGACAUUCAACCUGCCACGACGACGACACGGCCCAACAAGCGGCGUAGCUUCGUCGGUACGGCCCAGUACGUGUCGCCCGAAAUCCUCACCGGCACCCUUUCCUCGCCUGCCUCGGAUCUUUGGUCGUACGGUUGCACGAUCUACCAGAUGAUUUGCGGCGUGUCACCGUUUCGGGCCGCAUCCGAGUAUCUUAUCUUCAAGAUGAUUCUCCGCUGUCAGGUAACGUACGCGGACAGCUUCGAUCCGGUGGCGAAAGAUCUUGUGACGCGGCUGUUGCAAAUCGAACAACGGAAACGGUUGGGAGCGUGUGAUAAUCCGCGGUACGGCACGAUACGGCAGCACGCAUUCUUCGAUGGAAUUGAUUUUGAGCAUGUGCGCCAACAGCCCGCUCCGUUGCCCUCGUGCACGGAAUCAGUAUUAAACAAUGACACCAGCUCGCUGAACAGUGUCUACUUUCCCGAGGGCAUGCAGCCCGGCCUAGACGACCGACAGAUAUCGCGCCUGUUCGAUUUUAAGCUGGCCGAACUGAACGAGAAUGAUGACGUCCGAGACGUGGAAGAUACAGGUGUGGAAGGUGUGACCGAUGCUACCCCUGGUCGUGGCAGUGACAGCGUGGAUAAAGGUGGAGACUGUGGUGGUGGUGGUGUUGUUGGUGGCAGUGCAGCUAAAGAUGGAACAGAGAAUAAUCGAAACGGGUCGGGCCGGAUGCUAAGUUUAACACGCUCGGGAUUGAAGAUGUUCCGACCGGUCGAUGAUGAUCCUGGCCCGGUUAGCCAAUGGCAACCAUUCGCCGAAGGCGAAGAGAUCCUCAAAUAUGGCUUUAUAUACAAGCGGAAGGGUUUGUUUGCCCGUCGGCGCAUGCUAUUGCUUACAAAACGCCCGCGAUUAAUCUACAUCGAUGCGGUCAAUAUGGUGAAAAAGGGUGAAAUUCCUUGGACCUCCGCACUGUCGGUCGAGGCGAAAAACUUCAAAACCUUCUACGUGCACACGCCAAACCGAAUCUACUACCUAGAGGAUCCGGAAGGAUUUGCACUGAAGUGGUGUGAUACCAUUACGGAUGUUCAUCGAAAGACUUUCGAAAACAGUGAGAACAAUGAUAACGCCGACAUUUAAACCGAAUCAGAUGUUUGUGGGCUGUGUGUGUGAGUGUGCAUAUGUGUGUGCGUGUGUGCUGUUCGUGUGUAUAAAAUCGGAUCAACUUGUCGGCAGCGGUUUCGCUGUUGUGCGAUCAUGUAAAUCAUACGUUAGGAUAGGAGCGAAAUGAAAUGAAGAUGAUUACUGUUAGGAAAACAACACAGUUAGGCGAGUAAUAAUGCAACAAUAAACUAGGAAGCAAGAGUUUAGAAUCACUUAAAACAAA